AUGGGUUUACAGUCAGCCCAGAUGGAAGGUUAUUUCACAGCGCCUGCGGAAAUUGUGACAGGCAGUAUUUCCAGAAGUAGUCACUUCUCUUCUCUCCCUCCCUGUCAUCUACUUCUGAUCUUAGUUGAAGAUUUAAUAAAAUAUCUGGAUCCUCAGUACAUUGAUCGAAUGGCUGUUCCCGAUGCCAUGAAACUGCAGUUCAUCUUAGCAGAGGAGCAGUUUAUUCUUUCCCAAGUCGCCCUUCUGGAACAGGUGAACAACCUCCAGCCGUUCUUGGACAGUGCACACAUCAAAGCUGCUCCUGACCAUGCUGCCAAACUACAGCGACUUGCUCAAAUCCACAUCCAGCAGCAGGACCAGUGCGAAGCAGUAACCGAAAACGUCCGGGUGCUCCUAGAAGACUACAAUAAAAUGACCCUGCUUCUGUCUAAGCAGUUUGUCCAGUGGGAUGAAAUGCUGACGCAGCUGGAAGCGGCCAAGCAGGUGAAGCCUACGGCAGAGUGAUGGCAGCGAUGUAUCACCAGGAGAAAUGCAGCCUGCAGCCCCAGGGCAGCACCGAGCUUGGGUGAACUGGGGAGGAUUGCAGCUGUACUGGCACCACAGGUUCCAGUAUGCAAUGCUCUGGCCUGGCUGCUUGGAGCAGAGCGCUGCAUGCUGGGACUUGUAGUCUCAGUGGGCUGCACCUACAGAUUGAAGAUGAAGGUGGCUGCCAGUGAUGCCAUAGGUUCUUGUAACCCACUUUUGGCCUUUGAGCUGCACUUUGCCCUCCCCCCCUCUUAAAAAUGAAGCCAGAUGACUGGCGUCCUGUUCGAACUCGACUGUCUGCACUCCUCCUGACUUGCACUUCCAUGAAAUAACUGACUUCUAAUUUAUUUAAAACUCCCUGCUCAGCUCGCUGUUUGGGAUAUGACGGAAACGUGACUCUAUUACACUUACUUGUGGACCAGAAUAAAAUCCUCAGACGUUAACUGC